AUCAGUGAUGCUGCUGUCAUGUUGAGUAGGCAAGCAUCUUCGUUGACCAUAACACAUUCAGAGAAUCUGGAAUUGGCAAUCUGAACCAAACAAACCAAUUUCUUUCUUUCCCCUUCACAAUCCCAAGGUCAACCAAAUCUUGGUUUCAAUCCAUUCCACUUCUUGUAUCGAAGCAGGGAAAGGUGGCAAUGCUUUGUUGGUGAUUUGUGAAACAUUGAUUGGUAAAGAUGGUUUGGAAAAAAGGGUGUGAGGAAGUGGCUAAUUCCAAGCCUCUGUUCCUCACGAUCUACACUGUUGUCAUCAUUGGCAUCGUCGUUUCCUCCUUCUACGUUUUCUCUGCUAUAUACUCAGCCAGCCCUCCUGCUGCUCAGUCUUCUGCAUGGCUCUCGUCACUUUCGAGCCAGGAAACUCCUGUUACGGAUCAGACACUAAAUGUUUCUAGGUCAGCAAUGGUUCAUACUGUAUCCACUCCUUCCCCUGUGCCGCAAAAUGAUUUGGCUAGGUCUAUAUGGGAUGUUCCACCACUCAAUAAAAAAAUGCCACCUUUGAAGGAUUUCCGGUUGACCAAGGAACUGGUUCAGCAAAGGGUGAAGGAUAAUGUUGUGAUAGUAACCUUUGGUAACUACGCUUUCAUGGAUUUUAUUCUGACGUGGGCUAAACAAUUGACAGAUCUGGGAGUUUCUAAUUUCCUUGUUGGUGCAUUGGAUACCAAAUUAUUGGAGGCACUGUAUUGGAAAGGGAUACCAGUUUUUGACAUGGGUAGCCAUAUGGGCACAGCAGAUGUUGGCUGGGGGUCUCCAACAUUUCAUAAAAUGGGGAGAGAGAAAGUUAUUCUGAUAGACUCAAUACUUCCUUUUGGUUAUGAGCUGUUGAUGUGUGAUACUGACAUGGUUUGGUUGAAGAACCCACUUCCAUAUCUUGCUCGCUAUCCGGAAGCAGAUGUUUUAACGUCAAGUGAUCAAGUAAUACCAACAGUUGUUGAUGAUAGUUUGGAAAUUUGGCAAGAAGUUUCUGGCGCCUACAACAUAGGAAUUUUCCAUUGGAGACCUACAGAAUCUGCAAAAAAAUUGGCAAAGCAAUGGAAAGAAAUGCUUCUAGCUGAUGACCAGAUAUGGGAUCAGAAUGGGUUUAAUGAUAUUCUUCACAAUCAGUUAGGUCCUUCUGUUGAUGAUGAAAGCGGGCUUGUUUUUGCUUUUGAUGGAAAACUGAAGCUGGGGAUUUUGCCUGCAAGUAUCUUCUGUAGUGGACAUACAUAUUUUGUCCAGGCUAUGUACCAGCAACUAAGAUUGGAGCCAUAUGCAGUGCACACAACAUUUCAAUAUGGAGCCACAGAAGGAAAGCGCCAUCGAUUGAGAGAAGCCAUGCACUUCCUUGAUCCACCUGCAUACUACAAUCCCCCUGGGGGUUUCUUGUCAUUUAAGCCAUAUAUUCCAAAAAGCAUGUUGCUAAGUGGGGAGCAUAAUAUUGAAUCACAUUUUACUCUUGUUAAUUACCAAAUUAAACAGAUUAGGACAGCACUUGCAAUUGCUUCCCUUUUGAACAGAACGCUGGUCAUGCCUCCAUUAUGGUGCAGGAUUGAUAGGCUAUGGUAUGGCCAUCCUGGUAUUUUGGAAGGCUCCAUGACUAGACAACCUUUUCUCUGUCCUUUGGACCAUGUAUUUGAGGUCAAUGUCAUGUUGAAAAAGCUCCCUGAAGAAGAGUUUGGUCCUCAAAUAGAUAUUAGAGAGUACUCAAUAUUUGAUAAUCCCUCAAUGCCGUCAGAGGUAAAAAAGUCAUGGCUUGAUGUUCAGCUCUGUAAAGAAGGAACCCGAGAUUGUGAUGCAUCAAAUAGUACCAUUGCUGGGGGAGUACUUAAAUUUCCAAAGCACAGCAAUGAAGAAACGUUUAUGAAAGUAUUCUCAUCAUUCAAGGAUGUUAAAGUGAUCAAGUUCUUUUCGGUGCAAGACGCUUUCACAGGUUUCACCACCAAGGAAAGGGAAGAAAAAUUCAGAAAUCGCGUUAAGAGGUAUGUGGGAAUAUGGUGCUGUGUGCCAGAUCACAGUCCCGGUCACAUAUAUUAUGAUAUGUACUGGGAUGAAAAACCAGGAUGGAAAGCAAUUCCUCCCCAAACUUCUGAGGAUGAUCAUCCACCAUGGUGAAAUCAACUUAGACUUUUGUUUGUUAAAACACUUUGAUGGAUGGGGGAAAUAAGAGACAACCAAAGGUUAUUUAGUUUCAAACUAAUUGUCAAGCCAAGAUUGUAUACUUACACAAGUGAAGAAUCUGUAUCCAUAUUGAGGUUAUAAGAUAUUCAUAGAGUUUAAGCAAUUGGUUCUUCUGUAACAAUUAAGAUUUUUUGUUUUGUUUUGUAUCAUGUUACCAAUAUUGCAACCAAGAGAAAUGAAAGCCCGCAAUUUCUUAGAGGGUGCACUUUUUGGUCAUUGAUGUCUUGUUUGAUAUUGUAUUGGUUGUAAUUAAACACCGGAGACAUUCAUUUGUAUCACUCUUUUCUUCUAUAUUUUAUUUUGAAUAGAACAAAAUUAGUGUUUGAUUU